AUGGGGAGCAGGCCGGGGCGGGGCCGGCGCGGGUCACGCCCCACCCCCCUCGCCCGGGCGGGGCGAGGAGAGCAGCGGCAGCGGCGGCGGCGGCAAGAGGGAGGGCGGCCGGUGGCUUCCUCGCCUGCGGGGACGUGCGGCCCGGGACGGCCACCCGCAGGCCCCGCGCGGCCCCGUAGGGGGAAGGGAGGAACCGAGUGGGUGUCGGGGGUUGGGGGGGACGCAGCCGGUUCUUCCCGCCGCCCCAGUCGGCUCACAGAGCGCGAAACCCGCGCUCUCCGUCCCCUUCCGCAGUCGGCGCCCGGCGGCGGCGGGGAGCUGUCCGCCCCGGUGGUUCUGAACCAGGCGCUGCGGAAACUCCAGGAAGAGGAGAUGAGCACCGGAUAUGUACGGAGGGAAGACUGUGAAAUCACAAGGAGAAAGCACCCAUUUGCAAGCCAAGAACAAAGACCUCAGGAGAAGCCAGUCCUGCUGACACCUUGAACUUGGACUUUGGGCUUCCAGAAUGAGGAGGAAAUAAAUGUCUG